GUUAUGCACUACUCACGUAUCAUGCCUGCUGUUGAUGGCCAGCGGUACUAUACCUCGACCGCUGUCUUCCUCAACGAAGUCAUCAAGCUCGCCGUCUCGCUCACCAUGGCUCUCUACGAUCUCUCACAAGACAUGGCUACUUCUUCCUCUGCGACCGCACUCUUCACCGAACUCAUGCGUCGUGAUCUGAGGGAAGCCAAUGCAGGCCUUCAUUUUCCUCGCACAAUUCAAGAGAUGCGAGACAUGGGAAGCAGUGCCGCCGGGCAGCUGGUCAAGAGAUCUGCUACAUAUGAGGGCAUCGACGAAGAUUUUGCCAUGCAACAUCCUCAGCUCAAUGCUUCAAUCGGUCUGGCCGCCGUCUUGGUCGCUUGCGUACUAUCCGGCCUAGCUGGUGUGUAUUUUGAAAAGGUUCUCAAGGACUCAAACAGCAAGACUUCUCUUUGGGUACGGAACGUGCAGCUUUCCUUCUACUCGCUGUUUCCUUCCCUCUUCAUAGGAGUCAUCUUCAAUGAUGGUGCGGACGUGGCAAAACAUGGCUUCUUCUCAGGCUAUAAUUGGGUGGUGUGGAGCGCCGUCUUUUUGCAGGCCAUUGGUGGUAUACUCGUGGCUCUAGUUGUGAACUAUUCCGACAAUGUUGCGAAGAAUUUCGCCACGAGUAUGAGCAUCGUCAUCAGCUUCCUAGCAAGUGUGUGNUAUUUGGUCGGCACUGCGACUGUUCUUCUNGCCACGUACCUGUGGACUGGCGAUCAUGGACCUCGUCCGCUGAAAAUCGUGGUUGCUGAUUAUGAGAAGACAACCAUUGGCCACGAACAGCCGUAUAGUGACAAUAGAGGCACUCCGAACGCGAGAUCAAGCUUUAAGGAAGCUCUGACAACCAGCAGACCAAGCACGCCAGUCAACUUUGAACAAACCAACGGUUCAUCGGCUCGAUACACCUCAAGUGCCAUGUAUGCAGACGAUUCGUACGGCCUCUACACGCCGUACGAGCAAUACCCAGACAACAAUGUCGAUGACUACAUCCGAAAUGCAAGCUACGAGAACGAUCGAAGCAGCUACGGACCGUCACGCCCACGCCGAGUAGUUACAUCGACACGCCAAAGCCAGGCCGCUGUUGAUAGGGCUCGAUUGUCUUUACCACCCUCUGCGCCAGUUCCUUUUNNGGAAGCCAAUGACUAUCAAGCGUACGAUCAUGUACCCUCAAUUCCUGAUGAGUACACGACAGAAUAUGCGGAAGAGCCCUCAGAAGGAACGAGACACCAUUUCAGAUCCGCAGGCCCCUUCGUUCCUCAACCAUCACAAAAGAUCUUCCAGCAACAAGGAAGCAGUUCAUCACCNUUCGAAUGCUCUGCCGUCCAGUCCAGCCUACCAAGCCAGCCAAAGGCAGCAUCACCCCGAACCCACGAUCCCGAGUCAAUCAUGCACCAAAGCACAGCAAAAAGGCCAGACAUACCAACGGACCCUCCUAUUGUCCAAGGAGUCCAGCUCGUCCCCGUACAUACACUCCCGGAUCGAUUUCAGACCAUCUUCCCAUUCGCUAUGUUCAACGCUGUUCAGUCUGCUUGCUUCGAAAGCAUAUACGAGUCUAACGACAACUGUGUUUUCUCGUCUCCUACAGGCAGCGGCAAGACUGUGCUCUUCGAGAUUGCCAUCUGCCGCAUGCUUCGGGGCUGGCAGUAUGGCACAUUCAAAGUCAUCUACAUGGCUCCAACGAAGUCUCUGUGCUCCGAAAGGACUCGUGAUUGGAAGGCCAAGUUCGAGCCGUUGAAUCUGAAGUGCGAAGAGAUGACAGGCGAUUCGGAUAUCACCUCGCUCCAUCACGUUCAGCGAGCCGACAUUAUCGUGACCACGCCAGAGAAAUGGGACUCGAUGACGAGAAAAUGGAAAGAUCAUGAGAAGUUGGUCCGCCUCAUCAAGUUGCUCCUCAUUGAUGAAGUUCACAUUCUCAAUAAGGACCGUGGUGCUGCCCUUGAAGUUGUUGUGUCCAGGAUGAAAUCCAUUGGCUCUGACACAAGGUUCGUCGCCCUCAGUGCUACAGUGCCCAACUCACAAGACAUCGCUACAUGGCUUGGAAGGAAUGGAGACACUCCCGACGUCCCAGCUACUCACAAGAGAUUUGGUGAAGAGUUCCGUCCUGUUGAACUCAAACGCCACGUCUGUGGCUAUCAAUCAAACGCAAAUGCAUUCGGGUUCGACGCCAUCCUGACCAAAAAGCUGCCGGAUGUCAUCACUAAGUACUCCCAGAGAAAGCCAAUUAUGGUGUUUUGCUUUACCAGAAAGUCAUGUACAGAGGCGGCGAAACUUCUUGCUGAGUGGUGGAAGACCAGCACACCUAGAGACAAGUAUUGGCAUGCCCCUUCAGGUCAAAUCGCAGUUCAGAACAAAGAUUUGCAAAGUAUACUNGUUACUGCUGGAGUCGCUGUCCACCAUGCAGGGCUCAGCCAACAAGAUCGUACUGCAAUAGAAAAAGCUUACCUCGCAGGAGAUCUGAGUGUAAUCUGUUGUACUUCAACGCUAGCAGUAGGUGUAAAUCUGCCUUGUCACAUGGUCAUCAUCAAAAACACUGUCAAUUACGAGGCUGGAGCAGUCAAAGAAUACUCAGAUCUCGAAGUCAUGCAGAUGAUUGGAAGAGCUGGUCGACCACAAUUCGACUCGUCGGCUCUGGCUGUAAUCAUGACAAGGAUGCAGCAAGUCAAGCACUACGAGCAGCUGCUAAGUGGUCAAGAACGAUUGGAGAGCUGUUUGCAUCUCAACCUUGUGGAGCAUCUCAAUGCAGAGAUUGGACUGGGCAUGGUCCCAGAUCUCUGUGCAGCACGGAAGUGGCUCGCUGGCACCUUUCUCAAAGUCCGACUCCAAGAUAACCCAACACACUACCAGAUAGAUGGUGACGCUCCGGAUCGGAGCCUCGGGGCCAGACUGGAACAGAUUUGCGAGAAUGCUAUCUCAGAGCUCAGAAGACUCGAGCUGAUCGAGCAUGGCCCAACAUUCAACUCCACGGAAUACGGAGAUGCCAUGGCACGCUACUACAUGAAUAUUGCGACCAUGGAGUCGAUCUUGAGUCUCCCAAGGAAGCCAAAAAUAUCGGAGAUUUUCAGAGAACUUCGAUUCCGUUCAGGAGAGAAACCGCUAUACAAAGAGAUGAACGGCAUGAACGACAAUCGCUUUCCCAUCAAGGUUGAUACCUCCUCUGUGGCACACAAAGUAUCCCUGGUCAUACAGGCCGCACUGGGGGGAGUUGGUUAUAUUGCUGAUCAAACCAAUCAUCGGGUCCAACAUAGCAUCGAUCAGUCUCUGAUCUUUCAACAUGUUCAUCGGUUGAUUCGAUGUAUUGUGGACUGCCAGAAUGUUAACAAAGACGCAGUCGGCAUACGCAACUCUCUCUUCUUAUCACGUAGUCUGGCUGCGCGUGUUUGGGAUGAUUCACCAAUGGUACUCCGACAAAUUGAGCAGAUUGGCCCAGUAGCCGUUAGGAAGCUAGUAGAUGCAAGAAUCACCACUAUGGAUGAGCUCUCAAAUACGGAUCCGGGCAAACUGGAACUCAUCCUCAACAAAGCUUCGCCAUUCGGCAUGACCAUGCACCGUCGAACCCAGACGUUCCCUAAGCUGAGGGUUGGUUUGCAACUCGUUGGACAGCCUGUAAGGAUACUAUAUCAUAUUACUUUGGGGACUGAGCUAAUUGCUACAACUAGNGUGACCGAUGCUCAGAAACAUGUCGCUGUAAAGCUGAAGAUAGACAUUGGGUUCUUAAACGAAAAGACUCCUGUCCAUUAUCGAAACAAGCCAGUCUUUGUGAUUGUUUUACUUGGCACUUCAGAUGGACAGCGGAUCAAAUUCUUCCGCCUUAGGUACGUAGAAUGUUGGCUCGUCCGUGACGAAGGAGCUUACCGGUUCAACAGUGCCGCGAAGCUACAAAAUAUCAACCCAAUAACUGAAACCGCAUACUUGACGAGCCCUACCCAGUUGAUUGAGUGUUAUGGAAUGAUUGAUGACCUGGCUGGAACUAUGCAGGAAGCUGCGAUCAAGCCCGAAGUACCAAUUUCAGCAUUCCAAAACAUCAAGGAUACUGCAGCAGAUGUUGGCAGAGACAAACCAGCUACUCGAUCAACAAGUGCUACCAAAAGGAUCCCGAUAAUACUGCAAGCAAGUACUGAUAUCGACGAGUGGGAUAAUGGAGGACUGAACGAUGAUGACUUCAUCGAUGCUGAAUCCCGGGAGGAUGACUUCAUGGAUGUCGACGCACUUGACCAGCCGAUAUCCAGUCUACCAAAGGCCGGAAAGUCAAAGAACAAGACUGCUAUUGCCAACACUACCGAGAUCCCGGACGAGCAGAGACUGGAGAAUGGAAGGUUUGCUUGUGCCCACAGUUGCAAAGAUAGAAAUGCCUGCAAGCAUAAAUGCUGCAAGGAAGGACUGGAGAAGAAACCGAAACCAAAACCAAGAUCAAAAAAGCUCAAAGACAGCGGAUCGAUUCCUACAGCGAGCAAGAGCAAGACGUAUUCCUCGUCGUCGACCAAGGUGCAGUCGACGCUGGAGCUUCCAAUCAGAAGAAAAGCGAUUGGUGAGCCCGUAGAGCACCUCGACCUGUCCCAGGCUUCUGAUCCUCCAAAAGUCAGGGUGCCCGCGGCAGCCGCACGUUUUGCAAGUCUUCACAAUAGUACAACCAGAUCCAGCGAGAUCCCGAUCCUUGGAGCGAAUUCUGCUGCGCCAAAGUCAUCAGCUUCGAAUGAAAAGUUCACCGGACCAAAGUUCUAUCAAAGUCUGAAUCCUUUGGGGAUCGUUGAGGAAGAAUUGUGUCAAGAUGGUCCCUCGGUGAAAUCUAUCCUCGAGCUUUGCGAUGAUGAGAACGACGACAUGCUGCCAGACGCUGAAGACUAUCUGGACAAGGAUGAGGAGAUGCUGGACGCGGCUUUGGUCGGUCUGGAAGAUUCACAGAGCCUUCGUGAUUCGGUCGAGACUGUCGAACCUACACAAGAUGCCCAAAGUCUCGACAUGCUGAAUCAUAAAGCGGAAGGGGUCAACGACGAGCUAGAGCUCUUCGUGACGCCGCAUACUCAACGCGCUGAUGGCUUCACAGAGGAAUUUGAAGAUGCUGUAGCAAUGUUUGAUCAGAGUCUUGAUGACGAUCACUCGAUAACGCCGGGCAUGGUCAAACGCAAACGCGACGAAAAUAUGCCGUCGGCCUACUUCUCUGCGAAGAAAGCCAGAACCGACGACGAAGCAGCACUGGAAACAUACGAGGAGGAGAUACAAGAAGAUCAGAGACACGAAGAAAGCGAGGAAAGCAAAGAAAGAAGGGAAAAGGAGGAGCUGCGAGCCUGGUUGGCUGCAGAGCUUGGGGACAGUGUCGAGAUGGUUGAUUGA